CCUGAAACCUUUGCAGGCGCUAUAGGAAGUCCUGGUGGGCACCAACGCCUGCUCCAAGUCCUGAAAUGUCUCUGUGUCUCUGGAGGCUUCCUAAUGGAUAGAAGCAGCAGGAAAGCGAAGAAGCCUACUACAGGCACAACAGAGCAGGCUGGUACAGAGAAGCUAACAGAAGAGGAGAAGGCACCCAGGAAAGAAGUGGAUAAUGUACUGCAGGGCGAAUUGGCGAAGCUCUUAGCUGAGAAGCAGGAGGAGGCGGAAAGUCCAGCAUUUCAAGGUGAAGUACAGAAAGGCAAGGCGACAGAGAAGUCCAAGGAAAGGAAGGGAGGCCUAGCAUUGCAGAAUGAAGUAGAGAAAGCCCAGACAAAGUCCAAGGCUGAUACGGCGCGUGAAUCACCUCAGCGUGAAGUAGGAAAAGCCUCGGCAAAGAGAAGGUCCAAGGCGGAAAGCGAGCCUUCCUCAUCGUGGGAUGAAGCAGGGAAAGGCAGGGUGAGGGAGAUGUCCAAGCAGGGAAUGGAGGAAGAGAACACCCAGGAGGAAACUGAGGAAACUGAGACCCAGGAAAGCAGGGACAGUGAAUCACCGCAGGCUGAAGCAGAGGAAUCCUCAGAGAAGGUCACUUGGAAACAAGGCUCUUUAUCAAGCAAAGAGGAGGAGGAGAUGAAGGAGGAGGAGGGACCAUCUAGUGCUGGAAGCCUGUGGGCUAAACACAAAGAGAAAAUAAUAGAGAUCGGAGAGAAACCGCUGGAGGAAAUUGGACCACCUGGUUACUUUGCUAAGUUAACUCAGAGAAUCAUGCGGGAUCUUCCUACUUUCCAGAAGAAAUUGAAAGCUUCAGAUGUGCCAGAAAAGUAUAAGAGAAAGAAUAUGCAUCCAAGGUUAGCUAAACUGCUCAGCUCUGAGCCGCCCAGCACCCAGCAAAUGAAAACGAGGCAUCAGCUGUCCCUGAAAGACUCAAGGUUAACUCAGAUCCUGAGCCAGGAUUUAUCUGACGAUGAGGAAGAGAAGGAUGAGUCAAAGAAAACGGACCUCCAUUCUUCAAGUAGCAAGACAGUGCCCUUUGAGACCUCUCCUGGGGGAAAAAGGAAGCCUGAAGCAGCUGCAAAGGAUGGCACAGAGAAGGGUGAAUCCUUGCCUUCAACUGUAGGAAGCUCUGUCUGGAACAUGGGGCAAAAAAUAAGCCACUGGAAGGUGGCCCACCAACAUGGGUAUCACGUGGGCCAGCUUACUCAGGAUAAAAUUUACAAGCAAAGGCUAGUGAAACAUGAGCGGGACAGCAAAAUAGCUAUGCCCAUGCCACUGCAGGAAGUGAUGGAGGAAGAAGUGUUUGACAUCUUAGUGGAAACCCUGUUUGACUACCACAAAAAAUUAGGAUCAGAGCACCCUCUCACCAUCCAGAUGGAGCAGCAGGUGGAACACCUUCACCUCCAGUUGCAGGGAAGAAGAGUUCUUUGAGUGAAGAUGCUGUGCAAACGACAUCCCUCCUACCCUUUGCCCACCAGUACCUUGAAACCACCUUGAGAACAAGUAAAUGUGUAUGUGUUUUCA